AUGUCUCCGCUUAAGACAGACUUUCCGGCAAUCCGGGCUUGCAUUUUCGACAUGGACGGGCUGCUCAUCAACUCGGAGGACAUAAUCACUCAGUCUACUAACCAGCUCCUGGAAAAGUACUCACGGCCUACCUUUACUCGAUCGAUCCGAGCCCAGCUCAUGGGUAUCCCAGACUCGACGAACGGUGACGUCUUUCACAACUGGGCUCAGCUGCCUAUCUCUCGCGAGCAAUUCGCUCGUGAAUCGAGCGAACAGAUGUAUAUGCUUUUUCCGAACUGCGAGCCACUGCCUGGUGCGGAGAAGCUUUUGUCAAACCUGAGCCGUGCACGAAGCACUUCGGGCGACCCAAUCGAGCUGGCUUUAGCGUCCAGUACGAAGAGCCACAGUUACGAGUUAAAAACUACAAGACCAGAAACAAAACGACUGCUUGAUACUUUCUCACCUAAUAAACGAAUUUUGGGCGAUGAUCCGCGAGUUCCAAAGGGUCGGGGGAAACCAGCGCCAGACAUGUAUAUAAUAGCCCUGCAGGCACUAAACACAGCUGCUGGUCCAGACGCAAAGCCCAUUUUGCCUAUCGAAUGUUUGGUCUUUGAAGAUAGUGUCAUUGGGGUAGAGGCUGGAAGGCGAGCUGGAAUGAGGGUUGUCUGGGUACCACAUUCGGAUUUGGCGGUCGAGUAUCAAGACAAGCAGGAUAUUGUGCUUGCAGGAAAGACAGGGUUAGUAGAGAUUGGAGACACCUGGCAACUGGGGGAAAUCGAUGAUGGCUGGGCAGAAUGCAUAUUGAGUCUGGAACACUUUAACUACAAGAAAUACGGCAUUGAUGCACCUCAUUAA